UGCUGCGGGCCUGGUGACCUUUGAACCUUAACAGCCCUGCGUGUAGUGAGGGCUGGGCAGCACUUCUAAUUCUCUGCGUGGUGGUCUGAGUUCUUCAGUCAUUGAGGGCACUCGGCUAUUUUUGAUUGGUUCUGAAUCUUUUUAACGGACUACCCAAGAGCGAAGGAGGGCCUCCUUGUAGGCAGAGGGGAGCUGGCACUUAGCAUCCUUUGAGGGACUCUUGGAGUUGAUACCAUGAAACGGCGGCAGAAGAGGAAACACCUGGAAAACGAAGAGUCCCAGGAAUCUGCUGAGAAGGGAGGAGGGAUCUCGAAGCCACAGGAGGAUGCCCCGCAGCCUGUACCCAUGGGAGGGGACAAAGUCUGGAAUCGGGAGGCAGCGGAGGUCUCUUCUGCCUCUGAGUACUUCUCCUGUGUUUCUUCUCCACGCAAGCUCAUCCAUGCUGGAACCUGGAGGUCACCGCGAGACAGUCCCCAGCCUAGAUCGCCCCUAGCCCAGGUUGAGGAACAAGGGGAGACUCCUCUCCCCACACAGCCCAUCUCCUUCUCGUCCCAUUCAUCCUACAAGACCUGCGUGUCCUCUCUGUGUAUAAACAAAGAGAGGAGGGGUAUGAAAAUUUACUACAUGCAGGUACAAAUGAAGAAAGGGGUGGCUGUCUCCUGGGAGACAGAGGAGAGCUCGGAGUCCCUAGAAAAGCAGCUGCGCAUGGAAGAAGUGACCCUUCGCGAGGACGUGCGGGUAGGGACUCCCCCGUCGGAUGUGUCCACCAGAAACCUCCUGUCUGACAGCGAGCCCAGCGGGGAGGAGAAGGAGCCAGAGGAAAGGGCCGAUUCAGACAGCCCGCCCGGCUCGCCCACUGCCGAGGAGAGGCCCCGGGCCAAGACGCCCGACUGGCUGGUGACCAUGGAGAAGGGCUUCAGGUGCAUGGCCUGCUGCCGGGUCUUCGCCACCAUGGAAAUCCUCCAGGAGCACGUGCAGUCUGGGGUCAGGGAGGGCUUCAGCUGCCACGUCUUCCACCUCACCAUGUCGCAGCUGGCAGGCCAUGUGGAAUCAGACAGCGCCCAGGAGGAGGAAGAAGAGGAGGAGGAGGAGGAGGAAGAGGAACAAGACAAGCCGGAGGAAAAGGAGAGCGAGGAGGAGCAGCCCACGGGUGACGACCUUGGCCUGAGGAGACCUUGGAGCCAGUGUCCGGGCUGCGUGCUCCAUUCUCCCAAGGACAGGAAGGAGAAGAACGGACCAUGGAGAAAGCAGCUGGCAGAAUGCCAAUGGUUUGAAGGAGGAAGAAGGGAUCAGCCCUCAGCCCAGUACAAACACCAUAUGCAAUAAAGGCUGUGCUCCAAACCUUGUCCAAAUAUGUUAUUUAAUUAACACACGAAUCUACCUACCUGCAUUAUAUACAUCUGUCUCAGUUUGUGAACCAGACUGCUCAGGGUGAGGUAGCCUCAGAGCGUCUGUGGGUUUGCGACUGAGGUCUCCCGUCAGCCCUAAUGAUAUCACUGGCAGUUUCCAGCCGCAGCAGUAGCCAAAGCCCUGGGAUUGAUUAGGCUUCCGUGUGAAAACUUCGUUUUGACGGGUGGCCAGAUACCACACUUCACGUGACACCAUGACCAGCUGCUCCGAGUUCAAUUGAAGCAAUCAGGAAUUCGCAGGUGCUGUGGAAACGAGGCCCACUGGGUCAUGGCGGGAAGCGCUGAGCAGGAUUUGGCUGAGAAAGGAGGCUGCAGACGCCCGCACGCACGUCUGUUGUGGAAGAGGGACUCUGUUGGCUGUGUGUUCACAGGGAAAACAACAGGACAGAGGUGAGCUUUUUCAUCUGGGAGCCACCUUUGGAGCAGGUUCCUUCUGCAAGGCUGAGACUCCAUGAUAGAGCUCAAAACAAGGGCAGACAGCUGUAAUCAGGAGUUUGGGGGAGAAACUGCUGUGCUAAGGGUCUGAACCAGUGAGCUCUGUUAUUUCCAGGCAGGACGUUAGCAUUUCUUUUUUCAAAUAAUUCUCAUUCUGGCUUCCCAAGGAUCUGACCCCCUUGUCUGUG